CGAACUUCCCAUCACUAUUAGACGUCAGCGCUGAGUUGAGUUUUCCCUCUGUGACUCUUGGAUGUGUGUAAGAUGGCCGGGUUUAAGGAUCUUAAAGAGUUAUUCAGUCGACGGCUGCUCGCUGCGGUUAUCAGAGAUAUAACAGAAGAAAGAACAACAAGUGGAUACGAAGAGGAGCUCCACCGACAAAGAAAACUGCUGGAUGUGAUUUUAACUCCUGAAAUCAAGCUACAGAGAACAGAUGUCCAGCAGCUGUUGGUGAGUAAAGAAGAGCUUCCACCUGAGCAGCAGGAGUGGAGCCACAUUCUGGACCAGGAGGACACUAAGCCCCAACACAUUAAAGAAGAACAUGAGGAACUGUGGAUCAGUCAGGAGGAAGAACAGCUUCAAGGACUGGAGGAGGCUGAUAACGCCAAGUUCCCCUUCACUCCUGUCUCUGUGAAGAGUGAAGAUGAUGAAGAGAAACCUCAGUCCUCACAGCUUCAUCAGAGACAAACUGAACAGAUGGAAACAGGAGUUGAUGGAGAGGACUGUGGAGGAGCAGAACCAGAAAGGGACUUAGAUCCAGAGAGACAUUUACAACCAGAGACUGAGGUUGAGAUAGAAGACUCUUAUGAACCUGAGACUGAUGACAGUGAUGAUUGGCAAGAAUUAAACUUGAAAAAUAAGAAACUAAAGACUGGUAAGAGACCACAUAGGUGCUCAGAGUGUGGUAAAAGAUUUAACCGAAAAGGGAAUCUGACCAGACACAUGUUGGUUCAUGAAGGAGAGAAACCCUUCAGCUGCUCUGUUUGCAGUAAAAGAUUCAACCAAAAAGAUCUUCUAACCAGACACAUGUUAGGUCAUACAGGAGAGAAACCCUUCAGCUGCUCUGUUUGCAGUAAAAGUUUUAACAAUAGAGGAAAUCUGACCAGACACAUGUUAGUUCAUACAGGAGAGAAACCAUUCAGCUGCUCUUUUUGCAGUAAAAGAUUCCUCCGAAAAUAUGUUCUGACCAGACACAUGUUGGUUCAUACAGGAGAAACCCCCUUCAGCUGCUCUGUUUGCAGUAAAAGGUUUAACAGUAGAGGAAAUCUGACCAGACACAUGUUGGUUCAUACAGGAGAGAAACCGUUCAGCUGCUCUGAGUGUGGUAAAAGAUUUUACGUAAAAGAGCAUCUGACCACACACAUGACGAUUCACACAGGGGAGAAACCCUUCAGCUGCUCUGAGUGUGGUAAAAGAUUUAACCUGCAAGAAUAUCUGACCAAACACAUAAUGACUCACACAGGAGAGAAACCCUUCAUCUGCUCUGUUUGCAGUAAAAGUUUUAUCCAUAGAGUAAGUCUGACCACACACAUGUUGGUUCACACAGGAGAGAAACCCUUCAGCUGUUCUGUUUGCAGUAAAAGUUUUACCUAUAGAGUAAGUCUGACCAGACACAUGUUGGUUCACACAGGAGAGAAACCCUUCAGCUGCUCUGUGUGUGGUAAAAGAUUUAACCAGCAAGGAUAUCUGACCAAACACAUGAUGAUUCACACUGGAGAGAAACCCUUCAGCUGCUCUGUUUGCAGUAAAAGUUUUAUCCGUAGAGGAAGUCUGACCGGACACAUGUUGGUUCACUCAGGAGACAAACCCUUCAGCUGCUCUGAGUGUGGUAAAAGAUUUAACCAGCAAGGAUAUCUGACCAAACACAUGAUGAUUCACACUGGAGAGAAACCCUUCAGCUGCUCUGUUUGCAGCAAAAGUUUUAACAAUAGAGUAAGUCUGACCGGACACAUGUUGGUUCACACAGGACAGAAACCCUUCAGCUGCUCUGAGUGUGGUAAAAGGUUUACCUGUAAGAGAUAUCUGACCAGACACAUGAUGAUUCACACUAGAAAGAAAUGCUAAUCCUGUGCAAUGGUAAAACUCAUCCAAAGGAAUCCAAGUUAACAACAUCACUAAUGUGUAUUCAUAUGUAUUGACUAACAGAUGUAUAACUGCUGUUAUAAAGGGAUAUGAGACAAUUGUAAUCACAGAUCUGUUUCUACUUUUUGAAAUUUAUGUUUUGUUGCUGACAUAUGAACCAGUAAGUUGGGAUCAGCUAUGACGUUUGAAUUUAAAGUGUUUAUAUGAAACAGUUACAGUGUAAGGAUUCUUCUUCUCUCCUGAUAUCUUCACUUCUUUCUGUCACUCUGUUUUCUUGGAGGCCUCUGUGUUGGGUAGCACAAGUUCUUCAGACAGCUCAUGUGUCACCUUGUAAUAAAUAAACUGAUGUAGAGUGAGAAA